UCGGAGUAUUUGAUAAAUAACGCUAGUGUACCGGUUUGGUUUGGUACAAAACAUUUUUAGCCCAAAGUAAAAAGCCCAUUAUGAUUGGACCGACUUGGUUAUCGGUAUAGAACCCGACCCGACCCGACCCGACUCGUUUUAUUCCUGCUUCGUCGUUGUUCAUCUUGGCGCUCUGGAAAUUUUCUCGUCGCAACGAUUCUUCUUGAUUAGGCUCAAGUUAGACAUCCCUUUACACAAGCAAAUGACAGUUUUGAAAAGGUAUGUAUUGAGGUUGUUCAUGUCGAUCAAGUACAUAACAGCAAACGUAGUGGACAGAAACAACGGGAGAAUAGUGACUACGGCUUCAACUGUAGAGCACGCGAUCAAGAACUCACUGGAGUGUGGUCGUACUUGCAAUGCUAAGGCAGCGGCUAUUGUAGGAGAGGUUUUAGCGAUGAGACUGAAAGUGGAAGGGCUUCAAGAUGGGCAAGGAAGAGGUAUUCAUGCUGAUAUCAAGAAAGAAAUCGAAAAGAAAGGGUUUAAGAGUCGAACCAAGGUAUGGGCUGUUAUUAAUUCUCUUAGAAACAAUGGUGUUACUCUCAUUUUUGACGAUGAUGAUGAUGAUGAUGAGUAUCGUGAUCGUUCUUAUGAGGGUCAUCGGUGAAUUUGCAAGCUUUGUUUUUAUGUGUCAUCUUCUCUAGUUGUUGUGGAAUCUUAGAGAUAGGUUUGUAUUACUUGGAAUAGUCAAAUCUUUGUGACAUAUAAAGGUUAUAAAAGAGUGUUCAAUGAAUGAAGUAUUUCUUA